UGGACAUUGUCAUGUUGACAUCCGUCAAAGUAAAGUUAGAGGUUAUAAUUUGUGGUUUUCCGUUUUUAACAAAUAAUAUUAGCGAUGGAAUUACCCGAAAUUAACUACAACAAAGGAGACUACGUAGAAACGGCUUCUGGCAACAAAGUUUGUCGUCAAACAGUAUUAUGCGGCUCUCAAAAUAUAAUUUUACAAGGCAAAGUAAUAGUCCAGUCUGAAGCGAUAAUUCGUGGAGAUUUAGCAAAUGUAAGGACAGGUCGGUACUGUAUUAUAAGUAAAGAAGCGGUCAUAAGACCCCCUUACAAAAAAUUUAGCAAAGGAGUCGCUUUUUUCCCUUUAGUAAUGGGUGAUCAUGUUUUUGUUGGGGAAAGGUCAGUUGUGAGUGCGGCUGUUGUGGGCUCUUAUGUAUACAUAGGAAGAAAUUGUGUUAUUGGACGGAGAUGUAUUUUGAAAGACUGCUGCGUAAUUGAGGAUAAUACAGUUUUGGCACCGGAAACUGUUGUUCCUCCAUUUACAAGAUAUGGAGGCUCACCUGGUAUGAAUAUUGGGGAUUUACCUGAGUGUCAGGCUGAUUUGAUGGUUGACUAUACUCGCAGCUACUAUCAACACUUCCAACCAACCAAAAUUAUAUAAAGUAUCACAUUUUUUAUAAUAUAAUGUAUAAUUUAUUGAUUUUUAUACUAUAUAAAUGAAUUGAGGAAAAUAAAAAAGCUUUGUCUUU